AUGUCACACGAGAGUUCUAAUCUUCAAGUACGCAUUAAGAAUACAAACGGUCCGAGACCGACGUACGUGGGCGCCAACAACGGUAACGCGGGCGGCGCCGGCGGUGGCGGCGGCGGCGGCGGUGGUAGUGGCGGCGGCGGCGGCGCCGCAAACACUGGCGGCGUCGGCGUGGGACCCGCGAGCGGCGCGGGCGGCGGCGGCGGUGGCGGCAGUGGCGGUGGCGGCGGCGGCCACGGAUUGAAGGGCAACACGGGUGGCGGGCCGCGCGGUGGCAAUCCGGUGCAGUAUCGCGCGAGUGGUGGCGGAGGCGGCGGAGGAGGUGGCGGCGGCGGCGGUGCGGCCGCUUGGAGCACGGCGCCGUCUCAUGCGGCCGCGGCGGCAGCGGCGGCGGCUCCUUAUCCGCCUUACACGCGAUAUCCUAGCGCGGCGGCGGCAGCGGCGGCGGCGGCCGCCGCCGCGGUCGGCGGUGGUCCUCAACAGCUGCCAGCUUCCGCGAAUCCCUUCGUCACCGCCACGUACGCGCAACACGCGACGUAUGGUGGACAGCGGGUGCCUACAGCUUCAUCUCCGGCGAAUACUAACAGCAGCUCUAGUAGUGCCACUGGUAGCCAAAGUGGGACAAUGAGCACGAGUCUCAGUAACAACGCUAUGCAGGGUCAACAGGCGGAGCAGCUGUCCAAAACAAAUCUAUACAUCCGUGGCCUCAAUCAGAAUACGACUGACAAAGACCUCGUUAAUAUGUGUUCUCAAUAUGGAACUAUAACUUCCACCAAGGCAAUUUUAGACAAAAAUACAAACAAAUGUAAAGGUUACGGAUUUGUAGACUUCGAGUCACCGAUGGCGGCAGAGGGUGCUGUCAAAGCACUGGUCGCCAAGGGGAUACAAGCGCAGAUGGCGAAAGUGGGUAUCUGGUUGCUCCGUAGACUGGACAGUCAACAGGAGCAGGACCCCACCAAUCUGUACAUUGAUCUACCGUUGACCUUCAAGGAGAAUGACGUCGAGGCGUUACUGGCUCAAUACGGACAGGUCAUUUCAACUCGCAUCCUCCGCGACACUUCGGGUCAAAGCAAAGGUGUAGGAUUCGCAAGAAUGGAAUCUAAAAAAAUGCGAGCAAUCAUCCAGAUGUUUAACGGAAAGGCGCUGCCAGGCGCAAAGGAUCCAUUAUUAGUCAAGUUCGCUGAUGGUGGAAAUAAAAAAUCGUUGUUCAAGAAUACAAUAUGGAGAGAAACCGGAGAAAACAUGACUUUGAAUUACGACACGAGCGGCGUCGGCCAGAACGGCGUUGCUGCGACUCACAUGCUUCCCGCGGCGACCUGA